CCGUUGUGUGGAGCCCCCUGAACGCACACAGCUAUUUGUUGGGUAGGUCAGGUCAAGCAGAAUUGAGAUAUUUGCAAGAAUGGCUCUGACUAAUCCCAUACCAAUGGGACCAUGGAAGAUUACAGUAUAUGACCAGGAGAACUUCCAGGGAAAACGAGUGGAGUUCACCUCAUCCUGCCAGAACAUCAUGGAGUGCGGAAUGGACAAUGUUCGCUCCCUGAAGGUGGAGUGCGGAGCCUGGGUAGGUUAUGAGCACUCCAGCUAUUGUGGACAGCAGUUCAUCCUGGAGAGAGGAGACUAUCCUCGCUGGGAGUCUUGGAGUGGCAGCAAUGCUUACCACAUCGAGAGGCUGAUGUCCUUCCGCCCAGUCUGCUGUGCUAACCAUAAGGAGUCCAAGAUUGUUGUGUAUGAGCGGGAGAAUUUCAUUGGGCAUCAGUGGGAAAUGGCCGAUGACUACCCCUCUCUUCAGGCCAUGGGCUGGCCCAACAAUGAGAUUGGAUCCAUGCAGGUUCAAAGUGGGGCCUGGGUCUGCUACCAGUACCCUGGCUACCGUGGAUACCAGUACAUCCUGGAGUGUGACCGCCAUGGCGGAGAGUACAAACACUACAGGGAAUGGGGCUCUCACGCUCAGACCUUCCAGGUGCAGUCCCUCCGCCGAGUGCAGCAGUGAGGGCCUCUCCUCCUUCUCCCUGCCUCCCUCCCCCACCUCCAACUCCUCCUCCUCAUCCUUCUCCACAUCCUCACCUCCACCCAUUCACUCCAACUGUGGCCAGCCCAGUUAGACUCCUCACGGCAAAGGCUGAAGAUCUGGUGCUACACAACAAAUGUUUACAGCACUUUUCUCUCCUCGUCCCCCCAAGCAAAAGAAAGAAGGGAACGAGAGAGCCCCCAGCAGUCAGGGGGUGUGAACGGGGCAGUGAUGUAACUCAGGCUUUGCUCCUUAUCAUUGUCACAGUGCAACCUGUGCAAAAAGUGAUCAAUAAAGGGUACCUACAUAAAA